AUGGCAUCUUCAGAUUCCGCAUCCGAGUAUCUACAAGAGUACAUGAAAGAGGAUCAGUUUCAUAAUGUAGAACAGUUCAUUGAAAAAGCUAGAAACCUGGAGAAUCUCCAAGAGGAAACCAGCAUUGAAAUUCGAGCCGAGCUUCUACCUGCCUUGACCAUUGACGAUGAUGCGUUUGACAGCAAUAACUUUCCCGACACGACUAUUCUAGAGCUAGAGAUACGGGGCCACACCACCAAGGCAUAUGUUGCCAUGUCGACGGGGACUUGCUUUGAAGAGGGAUACAUGGAAGCCGGCAAGGAGGCACGAAAAUCUCUGCUUCAAUGGAUUGCCGAGAGUUGUCCAAAGAUGGAAUCGUUACGACUGCAGGGCAGCAUGUAUCAUAUCAUGUACACGAUGCGUGAGUAUGUGCAAGGGAGGGACGCCUCGGAGUUUUACGACGACUUUUCGGAUUGGACCAAUAUCAGGACCAUGCUGCAGCCCUUUGCCGACGCGGGGCAUUGGAAAGAGCGCCUCAGAAAUCUCGAAAUUGAUGGUUGUGAUGCCGACUUUGAUAACAACAAUCUGAAAGAAGGCUUCCAGACAUGGCCAGUCAAUCUACAAACUAUUUUAUUGACAUGUAUAUACGGCAACGAGGAUACUGUGAAUCAGUUGAUCAAGGCAUUUCCCACAGUGUUAACGGUCGUCAUCCGAUGCCCUGAAAAGGACAUUUGCGAUCACUACGAAACGGCGGAAUAUUCCAUGGUGAAUUUAAUCGAGGGUCUCGAAGGAACCAACAAGAGCAUACGAUCGUUGACCAUUCGAGGCCGCGACGACGAUGGAACCAUCCAGGUGCGGGAGGACCAAUUUUCACAGAUAUUCCAAAUCUUGAGGGGGCUUCCGUGCCUUAAGAAACUCCACAUUGACUCGGCUGAACUGAGCGAUUCGUUUGCGGAGGAAGUGAUGAGAAUACUUCCAAUGACACCCAUUCAAGAGAUCUAUCUCAAGGGGAUGAAGAUUUCGGAAUUGUGCUUUGGGCAUUUGCAAAACUAUCUCUCGCAGGAUGCCGAAUGCAAACUUGUCAGCUUUGACCUCAACGUGGCGACCCUGAACGAAUCCCAGAUCAAGGCACUGUUUGAAAUUUUGGUCAAAACAGCAGCACCAAAAGCGAAACUCGCCAAUCAUCGCACUACAACACUUGACUUUUUGCUCGUGAUGAGGAGAUUUCGUCAUUUUCUGACAAUGGAGGCAUCCAAAGCUGCCACAAUUUGGGCCUUGAUCCUGUCGCGUGCCAAUGAUAGAAGAAAUGAUCAGUGGCUGAACACGUCGUCGGAAUGGGGUGGAUACAGGACGCAAACUAGAUUGAAUCGGUCCCUCGUUUUUGCACUCCUGAGGCACAGGGUAGACAUCAUCAGUGAUGCUCUGCAAUCCAGGGCAAAGGGUACGAGUGAGAGUGGUGCUCCUGGCAAACUAGUAGAGCCUCCAACCAAAAGGACCAAACAAGCCGGUGCUGGCAAGUAG